AUGAAACAUAUUGCAGAGGGGCAGCGUGUUGUCCUAAAGUAUCUCGAGCCGGACAUAGGCACCCAUCCCAUGGAUGAUCUUGACCGUAGAACUGACUUGAAAUCUUCCAAGUCAGAUAAUAGAGAUGCAGACUCGCCCGACUUGCACCAACAACUCAAACUCUGCGAUGUCUUGCAGGCACUAGCUUAUGCCUGUACCUACUUGUAUAAAAAGGAGGAUGACAGUGGUUGGAAGAACUACAUUUACACUCCUUUACUUAAUGUUGCAUUUAUCGAAGAAAUCCAACAUCUCCCCCAACUUGAUAGCUUUCGAUCUUGGAACAGUGUUGGCAUCAUGGAUGCACGGCGGAUCCCCAAUUCGAAGUGCAAGAAGGUCGAUUACAUCUGCUACAUCAAUCCUGAACACGACAGCCAGCUACCCAACGCCGCCCAACUCGUCCACGAAAUCCAUAUAGCCCUCGGUGACAGCUCUGUGAACCACACCAGCUUCUACUAUAUGCUUCCAACCUGA